GUGGUGACCGGGAGGAGGCGCCACCCAGUGGAGGCCAUGAUGAGGUGCAGCCGGUCGCUCGGCGUGGUGGACCGGGCGCUGAGCGUCCAGUUCCACCGUCUGGGACUGGCCAUCGGCCGCCGGCCCGGCUACUUCCUGCUCGUGCCCGUGCUGCUCUCCCUGCUGGCCGCCACCGGCGUGCAGCAGCUGCGGUACCAGGACGACCCCGAGUACCUCUUCUCGCCGGAAACGGGCCGCGCCAAGACGGAGCGCGCGCUCGCCAACCGGCUCUUCCCGAGCAACUUCAGCGCGUUCAACCCGGGCCGCAUCACCGACUCAGGCCACUUCGUGCGCCUGAUGGUCACCGCGCCCGGCGGCGGCUCGCUGCUCCACACGGCCGCCUUCGACGAGCUGGUCCAGCUGGACCGGCUGGUGCGCGCCGUUGAGGUGGACGCCGGUGAGGAGCAGUGGCACUAUGACCAGCUGUGCGCCAGCUGGGGCGACGCCUGCCUCGACAACGUGGCCUUGCGCCUGCAGCCGUACGUGGCCGGCGUGGAAAGUGGCGCCAUCAACCUCACCUUUCCCGUCUGGUUCAGCGACAGCUUUGACAUGCUGCUGCUGGCGGGCACGCUGGGCUCGCCGCAGCUGCAGGACGGCGUGGUGACGGCGGCGCCGGCGCUGCAGAUGUUCUACUGGGUCGGCAACCACGUUUACUUCGACGUCAGCGUGUCACUCAAGUGGGAGAUGGCGGUGCAGGAGAUGCUGGCCGGCACAACCGGCCAGUUCCAGCACAUCAACGUGUCCCGCUUCGGCUCGCAGACGCUGAAGCAGGAGCUGGACACGAACACGGUGAAGGUGAUCCCGUACAUGGCGGUCACGGUCGGCCUGAUGAUCGUGUUCUGCGUCAUCACCACCAUGAUGAGCGACUGGGUGCGCGCCAAGCCGCUGCUGGGCCUGAUGGGCGUGGCCAGCGCCGUCUUCGGCAGCGGCACGGCCUUCGGCGUGCUCAUGUACUGUCAGCUCGAGUUCAUCGGCAUCAACCUCGCCGCGCCGUUCCUCAUGCUCGGGAUCGGCAUGGACGACACGUUCGUGAUGUUGGCGGCGUGGCGGCGGACGCCAAUCCAGGACCCGGUGCCACAGCGGAUGGCGAAGACGUACCAGGAUGCCGCCGUAUCCAUCACCAUCACAUCGCUCACUAACAUCAUCAGCUUCCUCGUCGGCUCCAUCAGUCCCUUCCCCAGCGUGCGCAUAUUCUGCAUCUACACGGGCCUGUCCGUGCUGAUGACAUACCUCUGGCACGUGCUGUUCUUCGGCGCGUGCAUGGCGCUCUCAGGCUACGCCGAACGGCGGAAUCUGCACGCCGUUACCUUCAAACCGACGCUGCCGGUCUCCGAGUCAGGGUCCAAAUCACUAGCGUACCGCCUCUUCUGCUCCGGUGGCAUCUCCGAGACAGACCCAUGGAACAAGAACGACAACCGCGAACACACUCUGAUGGUGUUCUUCAGGGACGGAGUGGCGCGGGCCCUCAACAUCCCUGCGGUGAAGGGUCUCACAUAG